AUGCCUAUUUUGGAGCAACAGACUGCCAGAGACCGAGACGGCCAAGCGCUGCCAAAGGUCCCUGUGCCCCCGCUGAAGCAAACCCUCGACAUGUACCUGAAGUGUGUCCAGCACCUGGUAAAGGAGGAGCAGUUUAAGAAAACAAAGGCCAUCGUGGAGAAGUUUGGGGCUCCUGGAGGUACUGGAGAGGUUCUCCAAAAGAAGCUUCUAGAGAGGAGGGACAAGACAACCAACUGGGUCUAUGACUACUGGCUAGAGGACAUGUACUUGAACAACAGGUUGGCCCUACCAGUCAACUCCAGCCCUGUCAUGGUGUUUCCUAAGCAGGCGUUCAGAGAUCAUAAAGAUGCUCUCAGAUUUGCUGCUCGUCUCAUCAGAGGGGUGUUGGAGUAUAAGGCUCUCAUUGAUGCGCGAAGGCUCCCUGUGGAGUUUGCCCGAGGCCAGCUGGCUGGGACCCCUAUGUGCAUGGAGCAGUACAACCGCCUCUUCACCUCCUAUCGGUACCCAGGGCUAAAGACAGAUACGCUGAAGGUCCAGAUGAAUGCGGCCUCCUCAGCGCCAGAGCACAUCAUCGUGGCAUGCAAGAACCAGUUUUUCGUAUUGGAUAUCGUCGCAAACAGCAAGCAGCUCAAUGAGACAGAGAUCUCAUCCCAACUGGAGAAAAUCAUGAAAAUGGCAGAAAACGCAGAAGACAGACUCCCUCCUGUUGGCAUCCUGACAUCUGAUGAAAGAACAGAAUGGGCACAAGCCAGAGAUGCACUGAUUAAAGAUCAAAUCAAUAGGGACUCUUUGGCCCUGAUAGAGAGCUGUCUCUGUGUGGUGUGUCUGGAUGAGCCCAACGGCUUGGCGCCAAAUGACACUAACAGGGCCCUGCUGAUGCUGCAUGGUGGUGGAAGGGAGAGGAAUGGGGCAAACCGCUGGUAUGACAAGUCAAUGCAGUUUGUCAUAGGAAUGGAUGGCAUAUGUGGAGUGGUGUGUGAUCACUCACCUUUCGAGGGCAUAGUGCUGGUGCAGUGCUCGGAAUACCUGAUGAAAUACAUAACUGGGACCCCAUCAAAGGUAGCGACAUCAUCCAGCAUCAGAGAGCUUCCGCCUCCAGGAAGACUUCUCUGGAAAUGCAACCCUCACAUCCAAGGACUCCUAAAGGCAUCUGGAGACCGACUCCAGAGGCUGGUGAAUAAUCUGGACAUGGACGUUUUCAAGUUUGAAGUUUAUGGAAAAGAAUUCAUCAAAAAACAGAAGAUGAGUCCAGACGCAUUCAUACAAGUUGCCUUACAACUUGCAUUUUACAAAUGCAAUGGAAGGCUCGUUUCCACCUAUGAGAGUGCGUCUAUUCGGCGUUUCCAAGAAGGUCGGGUAGAUAACAUUCGCUCAGCCACUGCUGAGGCCUUGGCUUUCGUCAAGUCCAUGAAAGAUGACAGAGGCACUUUCACCGAUUCAGAAAAAAUGAAACGACUGAGGGAUGCAAUCAAUGCCCAGACAAAUUAUACAAUCGCAGCUAUCACAGGAAUGGCAAUAGACAAUCAUCUCCUUGGACUCCUGAGGAUCGCAAAGGAGCUCAAAAUGGAGAAACCGGAGAUCUUCUGCGAUGAGACAUAUCUGGCCAGUAACCAAUUCAUCCUUUCUACCAGUCAGGUCCCUACCACAGUGGAGAUGUUCUGUUGCUACGGCCCAGUGGUGCCCAAUGGCUAUGGAGCCUGUUACAAUCCACAGUCAGACCACAUUAUCUUCUGUGUGUCCAGUUUUUGGGAGAGCACACAGACAAGCUCAGCCGUUUUCGUCAAAGCACUGAACGAGGGCCUGCUGGAAAUCAGGGACUUGUGCAAUAGUAGCAGCGCUGCAGCUACCAAACCGACUGAUAGUAGCCAGGGAGCUGGCCAGUCUCGUAAAUCAGGGAAGUAA